AGCCGAGGAGUGGGCCAGUCCGAGAGCGCCAUGAAAACAACUCUCCAGAGGGGAGAGGGGCAGGCGCAGCGCUCGGUGCGGCGCGGCUGAAGGAAAUCCGGGGGCUGCGGCGGGACGGAAGGGGGGCCGCGGCGGGUCGUCUGCGCCGCCGAGCAGGGGCCGGCCGUCCCGUUGGCAAAGGCGACCUCGGGUCGGGCCGCGGAGCGCUGGGAGUUAGCAGGGGGCGACCCGGGACAGCCUGGGAAGAGUUCUUUUGGAGCUGGGGGCUGGGCGUGAGGAGAUGACUCGGGUUUCUUCCUGACCCUCCGGUUGUGUAAACUUGGCCGCGGUUGCCACAGGAAGGCUAGCCAGGGGGUAAUUACACAGCAUUUUGAAAACGAAGCAGAAGCCAUUGAGCGGUGAGCCUGUUGAAAGAACUCACUCGUGUGUGUUUCACACCUCUGUAGGUGGAAACUGGAUGUGAAAAUGAAGCCAGACCGAGAUACUCUAGAUGAAUAUUUUGAAUAUGAUGCAGAGGAGUUCUUGGUCUCUUUGGCCUUGCUAAUAACAGAAGGACGGACACCUGAAUGUUCUGUGAAAGGCCGUGCAGAAAGUUUCCACUGCCCUCCGGCACAGUCUGGUUACCCAGUAACUACCAAACAUGAGUGCAGUGACAAGCUGGCACAGUGUCGCCAAGCCAGACGAACCAGGUCUGAGGUCACAUUGUUGUGGAAGAAUAACCUUCCAAUCAUGGUGGAAGUGAUGUUGUUACCAGACUGCUGCUAUAGUGAUGAUGGGCCCACCACAGAAGGAAUUGAUCUAAAUGAUCCUGCAAUUAAGCAAGAUGCAUUAUUAUUAGAAAGAUGGAUCUUGGAACCAGUUCCUCGACAGAGUGGUGAUCGAUUUAUUGAAGAGAAGACUCUCCUGUUGGCUGUCCGCUCAUUUGUGUUUUUUUCUCAGUUAAGUGCUUGGCUCAGUGUUUCUCAUGGUGCUAUUCCACGGAACAUUCUCUACAGAAUCAGUGCCGCUGAUGUAGACCUACAGUGGAAUUUUUCACAGACUCCAAUUGAACAUGUGUUUCCUGUUCCUAAUGUGUCCCACAAUGUGGCCUUGAAAGUCAGCGUUCAGUCCUUGCCCAGACAAUCGAAUUAUCCAGUUUUGACGUGUAGUAUUCACACUAAUAUUAGACUUUAUGAGAAGAGAAUUCAAGACCGUGAACUGAAAACUCCUCAGCACCACAGUUCUAAUGAAGAACAGUGUAGUAGAAGCAGCUCACCUCGGCUGUGUAGCAAACACACUUGGACCCCGGCACCUGAAAGUGUAUUGCAUGUUAAAAAUGGCACAACUCCAGAAUACACUUCAUCUGUCAAAAAUGUCAAACUGUGUCCAAGCGCUGGCAGUAAAUGUGACUAUGGGACAUCUCAAGCCAAUAUUCGGGGCUUUAGUGGGUUAGGAGAGAUAAAAGCACAUGAAACAUCAGGGAGAACUUUAAAAUCAUUUUCAAUGAUUGAUUCCAGUGUCUCUAGCAGGCAGAGUUCCUGGAAUUCAGUUGGUGAGACUAACCCUUUAAUCGGCUCUUUAAUUCAAGAUCGACAAGAAGUUAUUGCAAGAAUUGCUCAGCAUUUGAUUCAUUGUGAUCCAAGCACUUCACACGGUUCUGGGCACCCAUUUCAUACUCAAGAGUCUGCUUCACCUAACCCUAAACUUUUCCGGGCUUCACAGGAAAAUGAAAAUGUGAGAAAAUGUAAAGAAACUUUCCCUAUAUCCUUUGGUAGUCCAGAGUUUACCUCCUCAGAAGACACAAACGAGGGGAAAAUUCGAGUAAAAUCAGAAAUUCCUCCAAGUGAAACCUGCAUUUCUAAUGGCAUUUUUUCUCGUCAGUCUGUUGGAGAAACGAAUCCUUUGAUAGGCUGUCUACUCCAGGAACGACAAGAUGUGAUUGCGAGAAUUGCUCAACAUUUGGAACAUAUUGAUCCAACAUCACCUGUCCCACCCCGGCAGUCCUGCAACCUGCACAGUUCCAAUUUGGGACCUUCUAAAGUGUUUAGGAGUUCAUAUGAAGACAAAAAUUUGUUGAAGAAAAUUAAAAAUGAUGCUUCCAUUUCCAUUUCUCAUACAAAAUUUUCCUUGUUAGGAGACAGCAGUGACUCAGUACCUAAUACAUGUUUUACUUCUUUCCAAUGCAAUAGUAAAGGAAAGUUUUUGAAACCUCAAAUAGGAAAUCAGUGUCAAAACAUUUCUAGUGAAACUGUCCAAAGUGCUUAUCAAAAGACACAGAACAAAGAUGACAGUUUAUUAACUUCCUCAAGUAUAUCUCAAUGUGAAGAAAAUAAUGUAGAUUUAAUAAAUAGAUUGGAAAAUAAACUUUCUGAGUCCCGGUUUAAGGAACAAGACUUGGGCAAUGGAAUUGAUAAACAGUACUCAAGUUGCAACAGUAUUGACAAACAGUUCUGCACAAAUAAAUACAAGGAAAAAGUAAUAAAAAGCGAGAAUUAUAAUCCAGAAUCUCUUGCCAAUCUCCAACUUGAUGACUCAAAAAACGUUGAUCCAGCAGUUAAAGUUACCAUGUUGGGAGUGUCAGAAUAUUUGGAGAACCAUGAAAAUGAGUGCUCAAAUAAAGACUCAAUAAGACCUAAGACAUGUGAGCAAAAUUUCCACCUUAAUAGCGUAGAAGAUUAUCUCAACAAAGGUAAUGAAGGCUCUCAUUGUAAAAAAUUAGACCAGUUCAAAAAUGAUUAUGAUAAGAAAGAAGACGCAGUGAAUGAAAAAUCUCAAACCUCUUCUCAGAGAAAAAGUUUAAAGGACUGUGUCUCCCCCUGUGAACGACUGAAAAAUACAGAGGCGUUGAGAAAUAUACCGAAACGUUCAAGUGUCUGGCGAAAACACACUUUCCACUCGUUGGAUGGAACUUCAACUAGAGCCUUUCACCCUCGAACUGGAUUGCCUCUCCUUUCAAGUCCUGUUCCUCAAAGGAAAACACAGUCAGGUUGCUUUGAUCUGGAUUCUUCCUUACUGCAUCUGAAAAACUUAUCGUCUAGAAGUACUCAACCAUGUUUAAACAUUGAAGAUGAUCCAGAUACCCAGGAAAGACCAUUUUUGAGUUCUAGUGCCCCACCCAUUACAAGUCUUAGUCUCCUGGGAAAUUUUGAGGAAUCUGUCUUGAACUAUCGCUUAGAUCCUCUCGGCAUUGUUGAUGGUUUCACUGCUGAGGUUGGAGCAAGUGGUGUUUUCUGCCCGACACAUUUGACUCUUCCAGUUGAAGUGUCAUUCUACAGUGUUUCAGAUGACAAUGCUCCCUCUCCUUAUAUGGGUGUGAUUACUUUAGAGUCCCUUGGUAAAAGGGGUUAUCGAGUACCUCCUUCAGGAACAAUACAAGUGACCUUAUUUAAUCCUAAUAAGACUGUGGUGAAGAUGUUUGUUGUGAUAUAUGACUUGAGAGAUAUGCCAGCCAAUCAUCAGACAUUCCUACGACAAAGAACUUUUUCUGUUCCUGUUAAACAAGAAAUGAAGAGAAGUGUUAAUAAAGAGAACAUCCGACAUACAGAGGAACGGUUAUUACGCUACCUCAUUCAUCUGAGGUUCCAGAGUUCUAAAUCUGGAAAGAUCUACCUCCAUAGAGAUGUACGGCUCCUCUUCUCUAGAAAGUCAAUGGAGGUUGACAGCGGUGCUGCGUAUGAACUCAAAUCUUACACUGAAUCACCAACAAACCCUCAGUUUUCACCAAGAUGUUGAUAAGGAAUGACAGUGCGAGGUGUUGGUUCAGUAUCAAAGUUUGGAAGUAAAAAUUAGCAUAGAAUGGAGUGUACCAAAUUAACGAUCAGGAGAGUGGCUCUUCUCCCAUCCUGGACCAGUUUCUAUCAAAGGAUUCCUGAAACAGGAUCUGCAUAUUCCAAGUAGACUGGAAGCACUCAUGUCCUAAUCCUUUCUGUCCUGUUGAAACCACUUCAUUGGACAUGUUGUGAUAGCAAACCCCAUCCCCCGGUUAGAUUAGUGUUUACACAUUUUAUUUCUCAGUUAUUUAAUAUUUAAUGUUUUCCUUAAUACUCAAGUGAUGUUUGUCUCUAGUCUUCUAAUGUAGCACAAUUCCUAUGUAAAAUCAUACUAUGUAUUUUUGACAUUAAUGUUGAAAUCUGAAAUAUAUGCACAAGUCUUUAA